CAGCUGCAGCAUUCACCGGCCAGGAGCCCCUCUCGCCUCUCUCUCACAGCUCCAAGCUCGCUCUCCUCUCUCUCCAGCCAUGAUCGCCAGACAGCAGUGUGUCCGAGGCGGGUCUCGGGGCUUCAGCGGCAGCUCGGCCGUCAUAGGCGGAGGCAAGAGGGCCACCUUCAGCUCGGUCUCCGUGUCUGGGGGUGCAGGCCGCUGCUCCUCGGGGGGCUUCGGCAGCAGGAGCCUCUACAACCUUGGGGGCAAUAAGAGCAUCUCCAUGAGUGUUGCCGGGUCCCGCCAGGGCGCCGGCUUUGGAGGUGCUGGCGGCUUCGGUGCCGGUUUCGGCGGUGCUGGUGGUUUUGGCGUUGCUGGUGGCUUCGGAGGUGGAUUUGGGGGCUCCUUCGCUGGCCGAGGUGGUUCUAGCUUCCCGGUGUGCCCCGCCGGGGGGAUCCAGGAGGUCACCAUCAACCAGAGCCUGCUGACCCCCCUGCAAGUGGAGAUCGACCCCGAGAUCCAGAAAGUCCGGACUGAGGAGCGGGAGCAGAUCAAGACCCUCAACAACAAGUUCGCCUCCUUCAUCGACAAGGUGCGGUUCCUGGAGCAACAGAACAAGGUGCUGGAGACCAAAUGGAACCUCCUGCAACAGCAAACGACCAGCACGUCCCCCAAGAACCUCGAGCCCUACUUUGAGGCCUACCUCAGCGCCCUGAGGAAGCAGCUGGACACCUUGGGCAGUGACAAAGGCCGCCUGCAGUCUGAGCUGAAGACCAUGCAAGACAGCGUGGAGGACUUCAAGACCAAGUAUGAGGAUGAGAUCAACAAACGCACAGCUGCUGAGAACGACUUCGUGGUCCUCAAGAAGGACGUGGACGCUGCCUACAUGAACAAGGUGGAGCUGGAGGCCAAGGUGGACGCCUUGAACGACGAGAUCAACUUCCUGAGGGUCCUGUACGAUGCGGAGCUGUCCCAGAUGCAGACCCACGUCUCCGACACGUCCGUGGUGCUGUCCAUGGACAACAACCGUAACCUGGACCUGGACAGCAUCAUCGCCGAGGUGCGCGCCCAGUAUGAGGAGAUCGCCCAGAAGAGCAAGGCCGAGGCUGAGGCGCUGUACCAGAUCAAGGUCCAGCAGCUCCAGACCUCAGUCGACCAGUACGGUGACAACCUGAAGACCACCAAGAGCGAGAUCGCAGAGCUCAACCGGAUGAUCCAGAGGUUGCGUGCCGAGAUCGAGAAUGUGAAAAAGCAGUGCCAGACUCUGCAGGCGUCUGUGGCCGACGCCGAGCAGCGAGGGGAGCUGGCCCUCAAAGAUGCCUACAGCAAGCGCACAGAGCUGGAGGCCGCCCUGCAGCAGGCCAAGGAGGAGCUGGCCCGGAUGCUGCGCGAGUACCAGGAGCUCAUGAGUGUGAAGCUGGCGCUGGACAUCGAGAUCGCCACCUACCGCAAGCUGCUGGAGGGCGAGGAGAGCAGAAUGUCCGGAGAAUAUCAGAAUGCCGUGAGCAUCUCCGUGGUUGGUGGUGGCGCCAGUGUGGGAGCCAUCGGCGGAGGAGGAUUCAGCCUGGGUGGUGGGUUUGGCUCCGGCUCCGGAAGUGGCUUUGGGUUUGGCGUCGGCUGUGGUGUCGGCGGUGGUUCCAGUGGCAAGAUUAUCUCCACCACCACCCUGACCAAGAGAUCCCAGCGGUAGGGGAGGCGAGGCCCCCGUAGCCUCCUGAGCCCGGUCCGGCCGCGGGUCUCCAUGCUUCCCUCACCUGGCUUCCACCUGCCCCUCGGGGCUCCCUCUCCUCUUGGCUCUGUCAUCUCUGCUGGCCGCGGACCCUGCCUUCUUGGAGCUCCGUGGCCUCUUCUCCACUGGGACCCACCUGGAAUGGGAAGGGUGUCGGCUGACCUUUCAGCUCCCAUGGACAGAGGAGACAAUGGCUGUGACCUUCAUCUCCUGAACUAGCAGGGUCCUGCAUGGCCCUUCCCAGUUCAACACCAUCCGCCAGCUGCAUCAGAACCACAGGUGUUCUCCAUCACAAGGCUGGGACAAGAACCACUCGGUGUCCCUCUUCCCUGCCCCUCCACCCCCCUUCAGGCAAAUCCGCAAUAAAAUGCUUUUGUCAUUCA